GGAGCGCGGCCGUUGCGGGCCGGCCCGCGGGGCUGAGGGCGAGCCGAGCCGGCCCGCGCACCGGCUCGGCGCCCACCAUGCGGCGGCUGCGGCGGCUGGCGCACCUGGUGCUCUUCUGCCCCUUCUCCAAGGGCCUGCAGGGCCGGCUGCCGGGCCUCAGGGUCAAGUACGUCUUCCUGGUCUGGCUGGGCAUCUUUGCAGGCAGUUGGCUGGCGUACGUGAACUACUCGUCCUACGCAGAGCUCUGCCGCGGGCACAUCUGCCAGGUGGUCAUCUGUGACCAGUACCGGAAGGGCAUCAUCUCUGGCUCCCUCUGCCGGGACCUGUGCAGCCUGCACGCGCUGGAGUGGAGGACCUGCCUGACGGCUGCCCGGGGCCAGCAGGUGUACAGCGGGCUGUGGCAGGGCAAGGAGGUGACCAUCAAGUGCGGCAUCGAGGAGGGCCUGGACCCCAAGGCCGGGCCGCAUGCGGUGCCGCGGCGGGAGCUGGUGCUGUUUGACAAGCCCACCCGGGGCACCUCGAUCAAGGAGUUCCGGGAGAUGACCCUCAGUUUCCUCAAGGCGAACCUGGGAGACCUGCCCUCCCUGCCCGCGCUGGCCGGCCAGGUCCUGCUCAUGGCGGACUUCAACAAGGACAGCAGGGUGUCGCUGGCCGAGGCCAAGUCGGUGUGGGCCCUGCUGCAGCGGAACGAGUUCCUGCUGCUGCUGUCGCUGCGGGGCAAGGAGCACGCCUCCCGGCUGCUGGGCUACUGCGGGGACCUGUACGUCACCGAGGGCGUCCCGCACAGCUCCUGGCACGGGGCCGCGCUGCCGCCGCUCCUGCGCCCGCUGCUGCCCCCCGCCCUGCACCGGGCCCUGCAGCAGUGGCUGGGGCCCGCGUGGCCCUGGCGGGCGAAGAUCGCCAUCGGCCUGCUGGAGUUCGUGGAGGAGCUCUUCCACGGCUCCUACGGGAGCUUCUACAUGUGCGACACCACGCUGGCCAACGUGGGCUACACGGCCCGCUACGACUUCAGGAUGGCCGACCUGCAGCAGGUGGCGCCCGAGGCCGCCGUGCGCCGCUUCCUGCGGGGCCGCCGCUGCGAGCGCAGCGCCGACUGCACCUACGGGCGCGACUGCCGGGCGCCCUGCGACCAGCUCAUGCGGCAGUGCAAGGGCGACCUCAUCCAGCCCAACCUGGCCAAGGUGUGCGAGCUGCUGCGGGACUACCUGCUGCCCGGCGCCCCUGCCGACCUGCGGGAGGAGCUGGGCAGGCAGCUGCGCACCUGCGCCACACUGAGCGGGCUCGCCAGCCAGGUGGAGGCGCACCACUCGCUGGUGCUGAGCCACCUCAAGACACUGCUAUGGAAGAAGAUCUCCAACAGCAAGUACUCCUGACGGCGCUGGCGCAGUGGGGCCUCCGGCCAGGACUGCCUCCCGGGCCUGGGUCCCCUGCGCUGGGGGCCUCUUCGCCCUGUCCCCGGACGAAGGGCCGGGGUGCAGGAGCUGGGCCCGUGAUCGGAGGCUCCUCCGCUGCAACCCUCCCUCGCCCUGGGCCCAACAGCCAGACGGACGGACCGUUAGCUGGCACGAGAGGCUGGAAGGGGGAGGGCAAGACGGAGGGCCUGGAGCCUGAACAAGGGCUGGCCGACGGGAGCCACCCAGGCCGCCUUGGGUUUUGUUACUUUCAGGAACGUUUGAUGUGAAUAAA